AUGAGUUCUGGUGGCUCCCUUGAGAAAGAAGAGUUUAAAAAGGCUAUGAAGCAAAUUGGGAGGGAGUGGGCAACCAUGACUCCAGAAGACCGAUCACAGUAUCAAGUGGAUGCGGCUUACGAGCAGUCCUGCCGAGAGGAGCUAGCCCAACGAGCGUUGGCUCCUGGCCCAAACAAGGCCAAUCAACCUGAGAACCAGGCUGAUGCAAGAGCCGCCAAAGACCAGCCAACACAUGUCUUGGAAGCGAUUUCCGGCAAGAAGUACUUGAAGAAAAUUUCAGCAAAGCGACUUUGUAUCAACAGCUGCCAAAAGAAUGCUCACAGCGCAUGGUCAACCUACAGCCUGGGUUUGCAAGAUGCGGAUGGUGCUGUGAAGAAGGAAUCAAUCAAUCUCGAUGUAACCGUAGGAGCUGUGGACUUUGCAGUGGAUUAUUCUCUGCACAGGAAACCUGAUGAUGAGUUGCUGAACCAGUUUCCUGUACCGCCUCAUGCAGAUCUUGCAGCUCACGGCAAAACAUGUUUGCAGUUGUUCGGCUAUUGCAAGCAGCAGCCACACCAUGAUGUGGUUCACGCCUUUGUCAAAAGCUUUGCAAACAUGGUUACUGAGCAAAAGCUCUCUGCUGGAACGUUGGUGAAGAUCAGUUUUGAUUGUUUUCCCAACAGCCCGCCAUCCCUGCAGCCAGAUGAUGUUGUCUUCCUUGGCGUUUUGAACAAGAAGCCUUUGGCACACGUUGUAGCCCAUGCCUGGCCUUUGGAGCAGAGGGAGGGCCAUUUCUCUUUGGUGAGAGAUGCUAGUGGUUUGCCAGUUUUCACAACAACCCACAAGGUCUUCUACAACAUGAUUGCUGCGCGCAAUGGAGAUGUGAAGAGCAUGACAGUUUUGAUUUUCAAAAGCCAUCUGGACUCCAAGCUUUGGGGCCUGCACCAACUCAACGUG